AGCGCUCGCAACGCCGGAUUCCAACUGAUCGAGUUAUCUCACCACACCGGUAGUAUCUUGGCCGCGUUAUCGCCACAAAAGAACCAAAGCCUGGGACAAGUAAGAUGGGUCUGGUACAGUGGUUGAAGGGCCAGUUCUUGUGUCAUCUGGUCAUCUGCUAUGGGUUCUUUGUCAGCGGUCUCCUGAUCAACCUAUUACAGAUCUGCACUCUGCCCCUCUGGCCAAUCAACAAGCAGCUGGCCAGGAGGAUCAACUGUAAACUGGGAUACUCCCUCACCAGCCAGUCUGUGGCUCUCUUAGAGUGGUGGUCUGGCACUGAAGUCACGCUCUACACAGACCCAGAGAACUACAGACUCUACGGUAAAGAGAAUGCCAUCGUCGUCCUCAACCACAACUUUGAAAUAGACUUUCUGUGUGGCUGGACCUUCUGUGAACGAUUCGGGGUCCUUGGGGCCUCCAAAUGUUUAGCCAAGAAAGAGUUGUCGUACCUGCCUGUGAUUGGCUGGAUGUGGUACUUCCUGGAGAUGGUGUUUAUUAAGAGGAAGUGGGAGGAAGAUAAGAGCAACUUUGUCCAGAGUCUUCAGAACCUACGGGAUUACCCUGAGAACUUCUGGUUCUUGCUCCACUGUGAGGGAACACGCUUCACAGAGGAGAAGCAUCGGGUCAGUAUGGAGGUGGCAGAGAAGAAAGGCCUGCCCAAACUCAAACACCACCUCCUGCCCAGGACCAAGGGUUUCUGGGUAGCCGUCCAGAACCUCAGGGGGACAGUUGCUGCUGUGUACUGUUGUACAUUAAAUUUCAGAAACAACGAAACUCCAACCUUGUGGGGGGUUCUCAAUGGGGAAAAGUAUCAUCCAGAUUUAUAUGUAAGGAGAAUCCCACUGGAGUCCAUACCAGAGGAUGAGGCUGAGUGUUCUGCCUGGCUUCAUAAACUCUACCAGGAGAAGGACAAGUUCCAGGAGGACUACAGCCAGACAGGGUGUUUCCCAGGCCCCAAAAUUACCCCACCAUGCAGGCCCUGGGCCCUGAUCAACUGGCUGGGCUGGACCUGCCUUCUCCUAUACCCACUCUGCCUCCUCCUGGUCCAGCUGGUCAACUCUGGGUCUAUUCUCACCAUCAUGGCCACAGUGGCUUUCUGCGCUGCAGUGUCAUUUGGUGUACGCUGGAUGAUUGGACAGACUGAGAUUAAGAGAAGCUCCAGCUAUGGGGUCCCACUGAACAACAAAUGAGGGGAUGACCUUUUUAAAACGUCAAUUUACAAUUGCAAGAUUUCUUGCCAGCACCAGAGCGUCACUAACAUUACCAAUCUGAGAACAGCACAGUUCACCUCAAACAGUUAAGAAUUCAUCCCAAGAAAUACUUGGUAACUCGUCAGGGAAAGCAUUGAAGUCAAUUCAAGCAGGACGGUUGACUGGUGCUGAAGUCUUGAGGGCACAUCUGUCUGCUAAUGGCAGUCUCAUGUGGCCGUCUUCAUCUUGUCGAUAGAUGGGAAUGUACUGAACCUAUACAAACACAGAUACGUUCAGGGCAUGCAUCCAGCAUCUUUGUUGUUCAAGAUGUAUGACUAAAAUUAGCACUGUUGUGACUGUUAAAUGCACUUUUUUUAUUAGUUGUGAUUUGAUAUGAAAUGGACUCAAUUGACAAUGUUUAUUUGCAAUAAAAUAAAGACCAAAGAACGAAAGCUGUAAAACGCACCAGAGACCACUUUAGAUUGAUGCAGUGUGUAUGUGCAAUCCAUUCUAUUAUAAAGAUCCUGUUAUCAUUACAAUGCCAUGUUCGAUUAAUUUAACCUUAGGUCAUGACACACCAUUUAUUAAAAAAAGAUUUAUUAAUAUUGUUUGUACAUAGCAAACACAAAGAGCAGCAGAGGACCAGAAUGUGUGUUCUCAGCAGCAGGGAGUGAGCGCGCAACUGUCUUCUCUCAUUGGUUGGAUAUGCGCCAGCUGGCCAAUCGACCAUCAAUCCAUGCCUGAAGCCUAUAGAAUCCCGCCCACAUCGCUGCACCCAAAUAGAACACUAUUCCCUAUAUAGUGCAUUACUGUUGCCCAGGACCAUAAUAGUGCACUAUAGGCUUAAGCCCCACAUUACCAUUGGAAUCCUCUCCUUAGCAAGAAAUAUAUUUUAAAAUAAAAUGUUUCUUUCCUUCCUGG